AGUCUAAUUAUUGUUGGCGCACAUUCCAAAAUGGCGAGAAGCGACACUCUCGUUUCUGCGAAAUUGUGGUCGCAAAAUCUCGUUUAAAAAUGCUUUAGAUUGGACAGGAAAAACCACAACAUUGCCAAAGUGUUUCGGUACUUGUAAAUACUUCUUGAUCGUCGAACAUGAAUUCCAAUGAGGCAUUAUUCUCGCUCGAGCUGGCAGUGGAAUCUCUGCGCGUAAACUCGCCGACUGUCGUGUGUCGUCUGCCGACCGUUGCAUUUCGUCUGCUCGAUUUUCCUACCCUGCUCCUUCACCAUGUGGAUCCAGGAGGGGCGCAGGACGUCAAAGAAAAGAUCCUCCUGGACAGCUUUGGAGAUGUUCCCAGCCAGCUGCAAGAACUCAAAGAUCACAGAGGCAAUUUUUCCAUCAACAAAUGUAAAUCGUCGCUGUUCAAGAUGAACCCAGAAAUGUUACUGUCCUACUUAAGAAACACACCUCUGUACGUAAUGCUCAUUGAUGUCUGGCCUGAGGUCCCUAAACUGGUUGCCAAUUGUACAGUUUCACUGCAGCGUACAAUGGAGCAGAUAUCGCUGGACAUUGAACAGAAUGGUUCGGACAUUCCAUCAGUACACGGCAAUCGAGAUAGCCACAAGUUGUACAAUCUGAUGGGAAGUGAAGUGGGAUGGAUAAUGGUUCGAUAUCGCCUACUCAGCAUGGGUGCCAGUCUAAUACCACACAUUCCUCAAUCAGAGAUUACAAAAAGAGGAGAUAAAAGAGUUGACCUGGCUGUGACCCCAAGGAAGAACAAAGAUAAUGUCAUAAAUAACAAAGAAACAGCAAACAGAGAGACAGAAGUUGUUCUGGAGGACUUGGAAGUGCAAGGUCAUCCAAAGAGCAUUUCUGUUGCCAUAUCAACCGUAGAUGAUCUUGCCAGCAAUCUCAAACUUGAAUAUACUGAGAAGAAACAGCAAGCAACUCAAACAGUUAAAACCUCAAGAGGAAGUGGUCGCCACAAGCAUGCGUUGGAUGGUUCAAUACUAGUCACGAGGAAUGAUGACCUUAUUGUGAACAAUACCCAUUGUCCACCCCCUUUGUUCUUCAACAAUGCAAAUGAAGAUGUACCAUUGUCCUCGGAGCAGUACUUUCAGAAAGAGUCAGUGAGCAGGAUUUACCAAAGAUUUCAGGAUCCACCCUCGAAUAAACUGGAACCCAAAAUGAAAGCUGAUUUGAGUGACGACUUGAGCACCAUCUCAAAUCAAACACUGUCGGAGGACAUCAUCCAUCAAAUCGAGACACACUACAAGUUCAUCCCGGAGGAGCAGAGUGCCUCGCCAAGCUGGAGCGUGCGAAAGACCCACCGUACACUGAGGAGAGAAAAGUUGCAGGCAGAGAAAAUGGAAAAGACUGAGGAGAGGGACACAGAACCAGCACAUGCAGGCGGAGUUCAAGAACAAGAUGUGUGUCAGAGGUGUCAAUUGAAGCUUGACCCCAAACAGCACUCCCAGCUGCCAAUUCUUGAGGCCUUGCUUCAUGAGCUGAGCCUACUCCAUGGGAAAUCUCUUCAGAAUAGGCCUGCCACACCAUCAAGGUCACCUGUCCAAGAACCUAAAAUGCAGACCAUCACCAGUACUCGAAUCACUAAAAAGCAACAGUUGGAGCCAACAAAUGACAAACAAAACAUCCGCCUAAACCCACCCAAAGUUGUACAUCAAAGCAAACCCUACCGUCACAAGCACAGGGAGUGUGCCAAGCCCCCCCAGAGAAUUCCCGCAUCCAAAGCGUGGCUGAGGCAACAGCAGCCAGUCCAAAUCAAGCGCCGGGCAAAGUUACACUUUGGCAUGACGCACUCUCAGAAGUUAAGACUGCGGAAGAACAACCCCGAGCUCCUCAAGGAGAUGGAGAUGCGGGAGUUGAGGAUACAAGCCUACCGGGAAGAGAAGGAGAAAGCAAUGGUGAUGAACCGGCAUGCAAGAGACGAACAAGAUUUCACUGAUAGCGAACUCGACGUGCGUAUCUCAACAGAAAUUGCGCACCAUUUUGAUGAGGAAGAUGAGCCAGGUCACAUCAAGCAACCCCAGAUGAAAUGUCCAUCUGAUGUGAAGGCUGCUACUUUUAAGAUAGCAGCAGUGGAACAGAAAAGAAGUAAUGAACACCCUGACCGAAGAAACAGCAAGAUUUCCUCGCCAGAGCAGCACCCUGUGUCUGCUCUUCACAAGCCAAAAGGAACCACGACUGUCCAGAGAGCUGCAGGUCUCCACCCAGAGGCCACGAAAGGAAAUAACGAGGAGGCAGCUGGUGGUGGAAUGGAGAGCGAUGGAACAGACGACAGUGACAAGGGGUACAACGGGACCAGGAGGCCAGUGGAAAAUCAAGAUGUAAGCAGCAGUGAAAAGAGUGCCCGGAGUAUUGAUGUCUAUCUGCCGAGUGCCUCACUGCACGAGUCUGACUCCGGGAGCAACAGUGACGAUUCUACAGAUACCGACUCCCAGGUUUCGUUGGCGUCAAGUUCUGCCAGACAUCCCAAAGUAAUCCAAAUACCCGGCCGGCCUUCGGGAAAGGAUGUCUCAGAGGGAGGUGCUGAUCAAGCUGAUGACGAAACAAACAUGCAGUAUUCCGAUGACUUUGUGGACACCGACAAUCUCUCUUCAACCGCGGAGCAAGAACUUGCACCCCUUGCAUCCAACUGCUCUGAUUCCUAUCACUCAGCUCAGUCGAGUCUGUCAGAUGCAUCCAGGAGCAGCAGCAUGAGGACCACUAAGUCUCAGACCUCUCAGAUUGCUGUGAAGACUCCAGAAUCGUCUUCCCCGAGACCCAGUGAAAAACCAGCCAAUUCCCAGACUAGGCACCUCAGCCUCCCUAAACCCAAACUCUCCAGCAUAUCGCCCGUGCCCGUCCGAAAGACCUCCAAGACGUCAACUAUUUCCGCCAACACAGCGGUUGUGAUCCCCGACCUCAGGAAAGAAACCGAGCGCUCUCAGACACCCCCAACCCCUAAACCAAGGCCUUCCCUCUUAAGGACCACCAGUUCCUUCUCAGAGACCUCCUUACUUCAGUCCACAGUUCCCUCAUCAGAAUUCAAGACAGAAGAUUCUCUCAAUGCCGGAAAUCAAGAAGAAUCUGCUUGCAGCUACUCUGACAGCAGUUACAGUGAUCACAGUGACACCUUUUAGCCCAGGAGCUACAUUAUAACUCACAUGAACAAUCUUCAUCAUUAGCUCAAGGGUUUCUGUUUUAUAGACCUUUCUCUUAUUUUUCAACUUUGACUGCCAUUUUUUAUGGACGACCUAAGUUUGCAGAAAAUUCAUUCUUGGUUGGCAACAAUUUCUGCCUCAAAAUCCACAUUUUGCAUCAUCAGUAGUACUUUGGGAGGCAUUUCCAUUUAGCAUUAAAUGCAAGUAUUCACAAUUCAAUAUUUUAAUUUGCAUAACAUUUUAUAAACACUUUGUAGAAUUAUUCCCUUGGCUUUGUCCCUACAGCAAGCCAGAACAGCACUUGUGACGCAGCCAAAGAAAGGUCUGCAGUACCCAUCACACACCAUGGAUUACUCUUGGGGUUUAAAGGCACUUAGGUCAUGUCAGGGUUGGUUGAUUUAAAUCACCCGAUUAAAAACACUGAUGUAAAUCGCGAUUUAAAAAGCCAAAAUGUUGCCUUUUGUUGCUCCUUUUUUGUACUGAUUUGUUAUUUUUCAUGAUCUGGCAUAUUUUAAAUGACAAAACCCCAGGCCCCCCCGUGAGCCCUUCAGUGCCUAGUAUUCGUAAGAUGUUAGACUGCGUAUGUGUCACACACAAUCAAGAUUGGUAGGAUUUUUGGUUCAUUUCAAGCCACUUGUUUAUAUUUAAAAUCAGCUUUAUUCAAUGCAAGAACUAAAGGUUUUAUACUUGUGGUUCAGUUUACUUCAUUUAAAGUACCCACCUUUAAUUUAACAUGAUGAAGUAUCAGUGGGCAUCUACAUUUUAUCUUUACAAUUUUUUUUUACUGGGAUGAGAAGUGUGGGUCAUUAUGCAGUGAAACCAAAACCACUAACAAAAUGUUCUUAAGUGAGUUUUAAUCAAACUUGAGCCACUGUAGUAAUCACAAAAGAGCUGGAUCACAUACAAACCUACUGUAAGGAGACUGCUUUUUGUAUAUAUUAGAGCAAGGUUAAAUACCGGUUUUUUAAACCAACAUGGCACAUAAAAUAAGUAUCUGUACAUGUGGUUGAUUGCAUUUUUUCCUGGCACUGGUCGUUAAGUUUGAGUUCCUUGUCAACGAAUUCCUGUGAACUCUUAGUUUUUCAGAAGUUGGAGUCCAGAUUAUAACCUAGUACUUUACCUUUGGCCCCUGUACCUCUGUGUAGCCCCUGCUACAUAGCAUGUAUUUGACCUGGGCUUAUCCUAAUAUAUUUAACAUUGUAACAAAAGAAAUGAAUGCAAGAAAAUUCUCACACGUAAUAGCUUUAGUUGCUUUCCUAAAGAGAGAGAUAAACCAGGUUGUCUCCAAUUUACCCCCCAAAAGCAAAAAGUUGGAUCUUCCCUUGCCCGGAUAAGAAUGAACACGUUUGUGAAUGAAUUCAUCUUUUAACCUGCCUGUUUUUUAUAUGAUCUGUAAGAGCUAUUUAUUAUGCUGAAAAUUUUCAAAUUUAAUGUUGUUAUUCUUUCCACAUUAAAGCAUGAACAGAAGAA